AUGGAACGUGCGUUGCAAGCACAGCACGUUUCGAAUAAUCAGUAUGUAGAAUUUGCGGCUUAUCAGCUUGCAGAGAGGCCCAGCACUGGUGGCAAGCUGAGUGCCGCUUGCUACAGCUUCAGAACGCUGAUGUUCCUUGACUACACAAGCAAGUUUGAGGAGCUUUGUAGGUUUUCCAGGGUGUGUCAGGGUGCCCCGGAGACCUAUGAAAGCUGGAAAUGUAUCAAGUAUCAGAGGGGGUUGAAGGACAACAUUAUGACUGCGAGGGUGGUUGAAGAGUAUGCAAAGACAGUAGCUGCGUCCAAGGACACUCAUGGAGGGAAUACUAUUAAAGGGCGUGGCAAGUAUUUUCAUCCGAGAGAUCAGAGUUUCAAGAGAGGAGGAUAUCCACCUCAAGCACAAGGAGGAUUUAGAAAGAAGACUCAGAAUCAGUUUCAGUAUGCUAAAGGAAGAGGAAACCAGAGUAAGAUUUCUCUGGAAUUAACUUGUGUGCGUUGUGGACGUUAUCAUCCAUAUGACUCUUGCAAGAUUGGUUUAGGUGGGUGCUUCAACUGUGGGUUGCCUGGCCACAUUACGAGGGAUCGCACUCAUGGGAGGAACCUGAAUGCGGGCCAGAGUCAGCAUCAAGGUCGAGUUUUUGCCGUGAACGCCAAGGAUGCUUCUAAAGCAGAUCCGUUGAUGAGAGGUAUAUGUCUAAUUGGUGAUAAAAUCUUAGUUGCAUUGUAUGAUACUGGGACUUCGCAUUCGUUUAUUUCGUUUGCUAAAGUUGAUGAACUAGGCUUGAAAGUGUCAGAGUUAGCAUUUUAUCUGCAUGUACAUACUCCGCAUCAGACGGUUAUGACUAGGUCAGGGUGGAGACAAAUAUGUUUCAAGCUUGAGGGUAGAGACUUCGUGCAUGAUUUUUUCUAUUUACCAAUGGUUGGAUUGGAGAUGAUAUUGGGAUUUGAUUGGUUAUCAAAGAAUCGAGUUUUGUUGGAUUGCUUUGAACGGUCAAUUCAGUUUAUGUCGGAAGGAGAAAAGGGAGCGGUGAUAGCUGAGGGCUACUACCUGAACUCUGUGAUGGUGCACUGUAGUGGGGAAGAGUGUCAGGGUUAUAUCUUGUUAACUGUUAAUGCGUUGGGUGAUGCCCAGAACUUGGAUCAAAUUUCGGUAGUUAGAGACUUUUCGGAGGUAUUCCCGGAAGAUAUCCCUGAGUUCCCACCUCAAAGGGAGAUUGAAUUUGUGAUUGAAUUGGUGCCGGUAGCCGGACCAGUGUCGAUUGCACCGUAUUGA